GACCAAUUCUUCCCCUCUUCAUCAACACCACUUGUCCUACCUUCAAAACUACGCUCUCAAAGGAUCUGUAAUUGAGUUCAAAAACAUUCCACCGAAAAAAAAGGAAGAAAAAAAAGAACCAAACCCACCAUUCCGUUGCGCUUCCACGGAGACACGUACGAAAACAAUCAACGCGCCCCGACAAUGUCGCGCUUCUCGCACUACGACACAGACGAAGAGCGGCUGCCAGAGGGCAUGACGCGCAUAGGCUACGACGCCGACACGCAGACGUACAGCUACCGCGACGCGGACGGGAGCUACUGGGAAGGCCCACCGGGGGCGCAGUACGGGCGGCUGACUCGCGUGUCGGGCGGGAACGGGGGCAGCAACAACACGGCAGGACCGGGUACGGAGGGAGACGAAGAGGACGAGCCGUUCAUUCCGGGGGGCGGGCUGGAGCCGUGGGAGGUGGAGAAGCAGUCGUGGCGACAGGCGUACGCGCCGCUGCUCAACUUCCUCGUGCUCGUCGGGCUGUUCCUGUUCGGCGUGGUGUGGCUCCUGUACCGAUCGCGCGGAACGGUCCCCGCCCAUGCCGACUGCGCGAUGGGCCAGGACGAGUAUACGAUUGCCAAGGGGGAUACGUGCUGGGACAUUGCGCAGGAGAAGGCGCUGAGUGUGGAGGAGCUGCUUGCUGCUAACGAGGGACUGAACUGCGACAAGCUUCGGGUUGGGGGGGUGAUUUGUAUCCCCGGGCCAGAUGACGGGGGUGCCCAGCCGGAGAGAGAGGGAGGUUCCUGAAGCCUGUAUGUGAUGAUGAGGAUUUCGGUGCUCGAAAAACAACGAUGAGGCAUGUCAAUGGUGAAAGUCGUGGGCAAAGUCGUGGGCAAAGUCGUGGGCAAAGUCGUGGGCAAAGUCGUGGGC